UCUCGAGUCUCCCACUUCCGUCUGCAUCAAUGGCGUUGAGACUGACAUCGUUAAAACGCGCCGCGGUUGAGUCAUGCCGCAUUUUAGAAACUCGAUGCUUCAGCCACGUGGCGGCGAUGCCUUCGCCCUUGAACGGAGCUUUCGAUAGCCCCAUUUCUAUGCCGCCGCUGGUUUUACCUGAGUUCGAUCAGAGUCAACCGGGUUCGAUCGAUGAAAAGAGCUUCGGAUUCGGGCUUCCUAGUUUUGCUUUCGGUGGAUCCAUGGAGCUAAUGGCUGUGCCUAAGAAGAAGAUUUCUAAACACAAGAGAGGGAUAAGAAAUGGGCCGAAGGCUCUUAAGCCUGUUCCUGUGAUCAUCCGUUGCAGGAGUUGCGGGCGAGUUAAGCUGCCACAUUUCUUCUGUUGUAGCGGUGAACGGGUAAACCCUAGUGAGCAAGGCAAUUCGCACAACUGAUUAAGGUUUCCAAUAUGAUUACUCCUUGUUGGAUAUCAAGAUGGGAAAUUCUUGGGUUUCGUAGUAGUAGACUCGAGUGAUGUGAUAGACUUAGUUGAUGCUGUUUUGGCAAACUAUUUGGUUUUUCCCUGCAAGAUCAAUAUGCUCAUGCUUCUUUUGACAAAUAAUACUAUUGUCAUUGCUUGUUGCAAAGUCUAGGCCAGGUCAUUUUCAUAUAUGUGCUCUUAGACUUUAAAUCAACAGCUAUAUCUAUUUUAAAUAUGGAGAAAAAUAUUCACGUGAAA